AGAUCUUUGGCUAGUCCAUAAGUAAACAUUUUAUGCUUUCUUGUUAUACUCUCAGGGUUCAGGAAGUGAUAGUUAUGUUAUUGAAUUAAUGAAAAGGUUCGAAGUUUCACCAGCAGUUUUUCAAAUCUGUAGAAUUUGGUUCGAGUUCGCUUGUGUCAUCCUAUUUUUCUUUCUUUCAGCUUCAAUUUCCUUUGGAUUUCUUGAGAGGAGAAACGAGGGAAAGAAAAUCAGCUCCUCAGUCCUCACAUACAGCAAAAAUUUCUGCAGUUACAGUAGUAGAAUGGGAGAACUGAAGCUUCUGGGAGUUUGGCCUAGUCCAUACGUUUACAGGAUCAUAUGGGCGUUAGAACUGAAGGGCAUAAAGUAUGAGCAUGUACAAGGAGAAUUUCAUAACCCUGAAUUCAGAGAUUUGCUACUGAAGUAUAACCCAGUUUACAAAAAGGUUCCUGUCCUUGUUGUUGAUGGAAAGCCAAUUGCAGAAUCCACUGUCAUUCUUGAAUACAUAGAGGAAACAUGGCCACAGCCACACUUGCUUCCACAGGACCCAUAUGAGAGGGCUGUGGCACGGUUUUGGAGUACUUCGUUUAUGUCAUUCUUUGUGGCUGUUGGAGAAGAGUUUCAGAAGGCAACAAAGGAAGUAAGAGAAGUGCUUAAAGUAUUAGAAGAAACCAUUGGGGACAAAAAGUAUUUUGGCGGUGAAGAAAUUGGAGUUUUGGACAUAACCUUGGGAUGGAUACCCUUGAUCUUUGGAGUCAUUGAAGAUAUGGUUGGCGUGAAGUUGUUGGUGGUUAAUGAUUUUCCUCGCUUGUCUACUUGGAUUCGGAACUUCAGGGAGCACCCCUCUAUCAGAACGAACUUUCCAAGUCACCAUGAGUUGUUUGGUUAUUUCAAGCAAAAGAGAGAGACUAUUAUUCCACCCAAUACAGCAUGAAGUGAUUUGUAUCUAUACGAUAUAUUAUAUCAAUAAACUUCCUUGUGCUUGGAUGAUUGAAUUAGACUGAGAAUAUUUUUAUUUCUAGGAUCCAACUUCACAUUUCAACCUCAUUCAAUGCAUAAAAUAUGUUCACUAUAAUUUGGGUUUUAA